AUGAAUUUAGUGGAACGUCUGCGGCAAAAGCUGCACAUCGGCAACGAACUCUACCGCGCUGCACUUGCCGAAUUGUUCUGCACUGGAUUUUUACUCUUCGGUGGCUGUUCAGUGAAUGCGCAAUUUGUUCUAUCACAGCGACGAACGAACGAAUGGAUCGCCGUCGCAAUCGGAUGGGGUCUUGUGUUGUUGUUCGCAGUGCAGAUGAGCUUUCGUGUUUCAGGUGCACAUUUGAAUCCAGCAGUAACAUUCUUCCAACUCACACAAGGAAAGAUUAAUGUGAUUAGGUAUGUCAAGCUCGAAAUCCUAGAUGUUGUCACCUUUUUUUUAAUGAUUAGUGACGCGAUCAACAAUUUCGACAACGGUACUCGUUUCGUGUCAGGACCACGUGCAACAGCGCAUAUCUUUGCAACGUAUCCCCAAUCUUACUUGAGCACUAUUGGCGCCGUUAUUGAUCAGAUAGUCGGCACAGCUGUUCUCUGCAUGGGUAUCGCAGCUAUCACUGAUCGUCGAAACCGAAUUCCAUCGUUUCUACAACCGACCUACGUCGGUGGUUUGCUAGCCGUUAUUGGAAUGUGUCUCGCUAUGAAUGCUGGAUAUGCAAUUAAUCCAGCUCGUGAUUUCGGUCCACGACUAUUUACAUUAUGUGCUGGUUACGGAUGGAGGGUAUUCAGCUACCGCUCCUACAAAUGGUUUUGGGUACCAAUCGUGUGCCCAAUGAUUGGUGCACUAGUCGGUGCAUGGAUAUACGAAUUCUUCAUUGGAUUCCAUAUACCAGACGAACCUGAAACCACCUACAUUCAUAAGGUGACAUCCUUACUUCAGCUUAGUUCUAAAUAUUCAGACCACAUUUGUGGGAGAACGACUUAG